AUGGAACCCUCCCCCGUGACCGAUAAUGUGGAAAAGGGCACAACCUUGCACCGGAGCGAUACAACUUAUACCAUUGAAACCCGCUAUAUACAAAUGCUCCUCGAGGAUAUCCCAUGGUUUUACAGUAUCCUUGCUGAUGCUGCACACUGGGCAUUACUUGCCGGGUACCUGGUGGUACCCGGCACCUUCACUUCAAUGCAGAAGUCUCUAACGUUGAAUGAAGACCUGAAAAAAACGGAAGCUGGUCAAACCAUCCUAAAUACAAUCCAAAAUCCUCCCCUGCUUGCGAUUGCAUGUUUCCUGAUGGUGCUGGGCGCUUUACUGAUGUCCUGGCUAUCAUGGGAGCGGAGAAACAACUAUAUCUGGCUGAUUAAUAAGUUGUUUAUGUAA